GCUUCAGUCGAAUGCAGCCGUUGGUACUGACGGCAACACAGUGCAAAUGUUCCUACCGCGGGAUCUAUGGUUCACGAUUACGCUACAAGAUUUUUAUUGUUUAUCCUUAGUUUCUUUGUAAAAUAAAUUUAACAGUUACCAGUUUAAAUACUUACCACGUCAAUAUGGGACUAUUUAAAAUAAGCCCCGUUCAAGUACUAAAUAAAGGAAACCAACAAGAUUCCGCCGAAGAAAAAGAUGCCGUGUCGACCAUCAUUGGAAAUUAUGGUCGAUGGCAGCUGAUGAUGACGUUAAUCUUACCACUGUUUGCCCUCCCAUCUACUUUUCAUAUAUAUUUGCCAACAUUUACGACAAAACUAACGGAUUUUUGGUGUCGAAGGCCUGCAAAUUUGUCAAGUCUACCAGUAGAAAGCUGGAUCAACUACAGUCAACCUAUAGAUGCCUGCUCUGUACGAGAAGUUCCUCAAGGAAUAACUGUGGAGAGCAUAAUGAAUAACACGGCUCCUAUGUUGGAGUCUUUAAAAAAGUGUUUGGAAUGGGAGUACGAUCGUUCAGAAGUUGGAGACACUAUCAUAACGGAAUGGAGCCUAGUGUGUGAUAAUGCCAGUUUCACCACAUUGUCUGAAGUGGCGUUUCUAGUCAGCGUUGGUAUUGGGGGCGUGACGGGGGGAUGGUUUUCUGACAAAUUUGGUCGCAAACGAACACUGAUGGGUAUGAUAGCAUUCCAAAGUAUACUGGGUGUAUUAUGUAUUUUCGUUAAGACAUUCACACAAUAUAUUCUGGUACGACUCGCUCUGGGACUGGUGUCAGUAUCAAUUGUGUACGCAGCCUUCGUACUGUCUGUGGAACUGGUGGGCGGACGAUGGGUGACGAUCGCAGGAUCUUUCAACUUCUUUCCAUUGCCUACAGCUUACAUAAUAGUAUCGCUGGUAUCAAUCGCCUUGCCUGACUGGAGAGAUAUCCAACUUGCACUGGCUAUACCAGGACCGUGUCUACUUCUACUUUGGUUUGUUAUACCAGAAUCACCUCGAUGGUUGUUAAGUACCGGAAGAAUUGAAGAAGCUAAAACUAUAUUAGAAAAAGCAGCAAAAAUUAACAACAGAACUGUUGACGAUGUAGAUAAAAUAAUAAAGUUAUACUCAACUGAUCAUAAGAAAGAGGAACCAAGCGUACUAAUGCUUUUUAAAGGAUAUCUUUUAAAGAGAACAUUUUGUUUAUUUAUCGCUUGGUUUUCAAUGAACCUCGCAUAUUAUGGUUUAGUUUUGAAUAUUGGUAAAUUCAACUUGGAAAACCUGCAUAUGACAUCGAUUAUACUAGCUGUAGUUGAAAUACCAGCAAUAGUAAUAAGCAUUCCUAUACUGUUAAAAUCUGGUAGAAAGUUUCCUGUGUUCGCUUCAAUGGUUAUUUGCGGGUUGGCUUGUAUAGCAAGUGAAUUGUUUACUAUAUUGCUAGAUAAUACCUGGGUUAUUAUAUCAUGUUUGAUGAUUGGCAAGUUUACCAUCUCGGGAACUAAUGUGAUGUUACCAAUAUACACGGCAGAGUUGUACCCAACUGUAGUGAGAAAUCUUGGUGUCGGUGCUACUCAAGUCGCUGCAGGGCUGGCGCUUAUUUGCAUUCCUUAUUUAUGGGACUUGACGGCACUCAAUGCUCACUUACCAAUGUCCGCACUGGCAGUGCUGAGUAUAGCUGGGGGUGGUAUAAUUCUUCUGCUGCCUGACACGAAAUCCGCUAAAGAUGAAUCAAGCAAAGAGACCACAAACACAGCAUGCGGCGGUACUUUUAAGACAACUGAAAAUACGUCAUGAGCUUGACUUGCCAAUGAAGAAUGAAGGUUAAGAUUUCAAGACUAAUAGAACAUAGUGUGAGCCAGCAAAAAGCAGGAGUUGGAUUAACACAGAAAGUUAUACUUAAGUCUAUGAUGGUUGCUUCCUCGAUCAUCCAUGUCAAUUAACAAAGUCUAUGGCAAUUUAUUUUGCAGACUGAUAAGAGAUAAGAGUGUAUCCUGAAUCAUAAAAUGUAAUAUAAUUUUAUUUUACUAUG